CCUCACAGAAGUGGAAAACUGCACACAGCACUACAGCCUUAGAAAGGAAAGUGGUCAUUGCUAUAUUGUUUUAUUUUUCUCAUCGUCUCCUGUUCGUUCGGCAUUUUGCAGAUCUCUUAUUCAGAAUGUUCGUCAUCUUCGUUCUGUGUCUUCUAUUUGCUUCAACUUGGGCUCAGUACCAACCACAGUACUAUUCCUAUUCAGCAGCUGUUGGUGGGGGCAGUGGCAGCUCCUAUGCCUCCUCAGGAGAGGGUCGCAUAACUGCCAUCAGAGUGUGGGAGAACAUAGGCAGCUUCAUCACUGGAUUUCAGAUGAGAUAUGACUUUGCCUGGAGUCCCCUGUAUGGUCGCAACGGCAGCAAUGUAGUAGAGAUAACACUCUUCGAAGACGAGGCUUUUGUCCAAAUUUCAGGGAAAUACAAUCCCAGUAACUACAUUUACCAACUGGUGUUUGUCACCAGCAGAGGGCGCUCUCUCACCGUAGGGCAGCCUGUUAGUACCGCCUUCAACUUCUACGCCAAAUACCCACAGAGUGAGCUGCGCAUCCUUAGUGGGCGAUUCAAUGGAGUUGGCAUCACAUCCAUCGGAGCCCACUGGGGAAUGGUAUACCUCAUGCCACAUCCAGCUAUGAUGGGAAACAAUACCAUGUUAGGCCUUGACUAAGUAAAACACUCUAUUCCAAAUAAUGAUAUAAUCAUUUUUGGACUUUUGUGUAAAUUGUUUUUAGGUCUGUUCAAGUUUCAAAUGCUUUCCUCAGACUGUAAUGAAAAUAUAUGAGUAGAGAAAUGUAGAAUAUGUAAUGAAUUAAUAAAACAAGGAAAUUAUGCAGGAAUCAGUCUUUUGUUAUCUUGUGCACACAUGUUAAAGGUAUCACGUUUUCAUUGUACCUGUAGUGUUUUUCUUCUUAAAACUGAAUAAUGAAUAUGACCUAAAAUGACCCACUGGACAAUCAAAAAGUGGUGCUAAAAUCACCCUAAAACCUGUAUUACAGCUUUCCUUUGGAAAAGGCUUAUUGUUUCUUUGAGCAAAAAGUUCAAUAUAUAAAUAUUAAAGAAUGCUCUCAAAUUUCAAUGAUGAUAUUGAUACCUGAGAGUGACAGUAAUUGAUGCUAGACUGGGCUAACCUGGGGAUAUUGAGUAAUCACCAGUGUAUCCUACUCAAUACCAAUGAGAGGAGAUAAUGUACUAGACACCUGUUUAUUUAUCACUAUAAAACACCACAUCAGAAUAACUAGAUGAA